AUGCGAAAGGUGUCCUUCAAGUCAGAGCCUCGAUCGAGGCAUCACAAGAGACAGGACGACGAUGGCAAACAAAAACACCAUAAGAAGAAACACGGAAAGCAUCCAAAAGCCAGCAAAGACGAUGGCGCAAAGGACAAAGGUUUGAGUCAGGACGGCGACGCACGAGAUCCGUCCGCGCAGGCGCCCAACGCAUCGUCUGCGGCAAAGGCACCCCAGUCCGCCUCACCAGAAUCGUUCGCAUCUCCAUCACCGCCAACACAAGUGCCAACAGCCUCGAUCCCUGCGCCGCCAAACGGAGACGGCGAGCGUACCAGCCUGCCCGGACCCAGCGUGGACAAUGACGUGCGUCCUGCCCAGGCAUCACCAGCUGGGACGGGUCUCAGCGUUGAAAUUCUAUCCGCAGCAAUUGCAGGUGGAGUCGUUCUUCUGCUUGUGCUACUCGGAGCGAUCUUCCUAUGGCGCAAACGUCUUAGGGAUGCGGUCCAGAAAGCUGGUUCUGCCCCGGACCUUCGCCUCAAAAUUGGUCAUCCCGAGAUCCCAGGCGAAAAGUCUGUGAACAACACGGCACAGGUGAUGGAUCGAGAGUCAAGGCAAGCUUCACAAACUAGCCUGCAGCACGGUCAUGUCAGCCUACCGAUGGCACACGCCCAGCAGAGCGAGUUUACAUUGGUCGACGGCGAACGAAGCAAAUGGCCUGCUUGCAAUGAUUCAGCCGCGCAGCUUCAACGUUCCGAUUCCUGCCAUUCGGAACUCCAGCAGGAGUCGCUAUCUGGGAGGCCAGAGCUGCUGCCAGAGAGCGGCUGGGACAACAUCAGGGCAGCGAGUCCGUAUGACGGCGACGACAAAGAGAUUGAUCGGUGUCUUAGCUACUACAUGAAGCGUAGCACGCGCAUCUCGCUACCUCCUGUCGAGCUAGCUGAGGCAGGCGAGCCAUCGAUGCUCGAGGACAAUACCAACUCGCUGCCGCCUUCCCCGGUCGUAAAUCGCAUGUCGACACGCAAAAGCUUUGUCUUCCCAAAGACGGCCGGUCUGCUGGCUAAGAUUCGAAAAUCACAGAUCCGACUCAACAACGAGGCGCUGGCGACCGGGAGCCACAAGGAUCAUCCGCUACCAGUCGCUAGCUUCGAUCUCGGUCAUGCUGAUGGAUCAUCUCGGUCGAUGUCGAGCACUAUGCCGGAGUCGGAUGCGCUAGCGCGAGGGAGCGAGGAGGACGAGACCACAUUCGAGUCGCUCAGCCUUGGGCGCGCUGGUCCAGACAUCCCCUCGCAUUGGCGUUCGAGCACGAGGCUUCGUCGCUCAUUCGCAGGUGGCAGAGACGGCAGCAAUGCGAUCGACUCUUCCCCAGGCCGGAGCGAGCCACACGCAGCAUUCGAGUACAAUGACUCCUACGAGGACCAAAACCCUGCCGCUCAUGGGUCGCCUUGGCUGGGAGUAGGGCUUGGGGAUGGCUACGAUUGCUACUCGGCGACAUGGCAGGACCGUUCGCCUUGUCGAUCAUCGGCCCUGUCGCCGAGACGCUCGAUGACAAGUACGGUGCGGCAGCGCAGUGCAACGUUCAGCCAGUGUGCUCCGUCCAGGUCGCCUCUCUUCCAGGAAAAUGACGCGGACGGAGCUCACGCCGCUUCUCCCAUGAGCGCUCGUCAUCUGUCACAAGAGGCCAACGAUGUCAUCCAAUUUUAG